AUGGCAGAGACCAGCAAGCGUGUUGGAGAAAGCGCGCCGCUCAAGCAUGUCUGGUUUGUAGAGCACGCUCUUUCCCAAAAGCCAAUUGCUGAUAUGGACUUAGAAAGUCUCGAUGCGACAGUCAACGACCGCGAUGCGGCUUUUGCUCGAGCACAAACUCAGACUGCAAUUAUCCCGACACUGAAUCAACCAGGUAGGAUCUCUGAGGAUUAG